AUGAGCGCUCCUCCGCUGCUCACGUCGCUCUUCACUCGGCACCCAUACAAAAAAGCCGCCGUUUUCUCAUACUCUGCAGAAAUGAAGAGAUCUCGUAGUGCUGGUGAUAAGUUUGUUUUUGGUUCAAGACGUCGAACGCUAACUCCUUCGUCAAGGAUUGACGACGAGGAUGAGGACAAUGAAUCAUUUAUUGGUCUGCAAUCGCCUCGACCAAACAAAGCACCAUCACCAUCACGAAAUCCUCCUCUGAGCAAAGAUAGACAAUAUUGGCAAAGCAACUAUCACAUAACUGACUGGAAACGACAGCACCCGAAUGAGUUUGAGAAGAAGGAGUUUGAGAAAUUCCAUAAAUGGAUCUUUGAGAGCGAAAAGAAUGCCACCCUUCAAAAAGAUGUCGUCGCACUCAUGAAGAUGCUUUUUCAAAAAUCGGGUUGAGGAUUUCAUUGUUCACUACUUUUUAGUGUAGCGUUAGAUACCAGCAAACACCCAUGUGUCACAGCAAAGAUAUUUAGAGAUAGAUUACAUUUAAGGCGUUUUCACGAUUGUUCAGAUAACCAUG